AUGAUGUUCGUGAUAUUUCUGAGUGCUCUACUUUUUAGUUCGGGCAUUAACGCCUACAAAAUUUUAGUCAUAUACCCGACGCAAGCUUAUAGUCAUCAACGCGGAAUCUUGGCGUUAACGGAAACGUUAGUUCGACAAGGUCAUGAAUUAUUUGUUGUCAGUCCGUUCGAGGUACCGGGACUGGUGAAUUUUGGCAACUACACCUUCGUUGACAUAUCAUAUCGAGUGCGCUAUGAAACUUUGGACAAAAUCAUGAAAAACACACAACGCCAACGUACAUUAUGGGAAUUAAACAGAACAUUCUCGUUGUCAGCCGACGCAACGGUGAGGCAGUUCCUCAGCAAGCCGUUCACAAAGUUCAAAAAACUUGUGGACUCGAAAAAACUUAAGUUCGAUGUGGCCAUCGUGGAAGAAUGGAUCAUGCCUUUUACUUAUACGAUGGCACGACUUCUCGAUGAAGCAGUUCCGAUCGUAUCCAUGUCAUCUCUGAAUACAGCAAACGCCGAACAUUACCUCGGCAGCAUAUCUUCUGCGCACGCUUCCCUAUUCACAUUCGGGACUGACAAAAUGGACCUCAAGGAAAGAAUUCAAAAUUGGAUCUCAUACUUAUACGGUUCCUAUACACAAGAGAGCGUGUUCGGGAAUACUGCUAGGCGUUUUUUCAGGGAAACAUACGGCUCAGAAAUUGAAAGUCUCGUCGACAGAUGCUGGACGGAUAUCAGUCUACUAAUGUUGACCUCCAAUCCAUUAUAUUUUUAUCCGAGAGCUCUGGGUCCAAAUAUUGUUCAGGUGGGGCCUCUUCAUCUUAGGCCUCCCUCGGAACUGCCGAAGAUUUUGAAAGACUGGUUAGAUGGUGCGGAAAAAGGCGUGAUUUAUUUCAGCCUGGGGAGUUUCUUUAAAACUACAUAUUUGUCCGAUGAUGCGAGGAACAACUUUUUGAGAUUCUUCAAAGAAUUACCAUCGGGAUAUCGCGUAUUGUGGAAAUGGGAGGAGGAUGGACAAAUCCCCGGACAAUCUGAUAACAUACUGACACAAAAAUGGAUGCCACAGGAUAGUGUUUUAGCUCAUCCAAACCUAAAAGUUUUUAUCACCAGAGGAGGAUUGCAGAGCUUUCACGAGGCCGUUCACUACGGUGUUCCAACGAUUGGGAUUCCUUAUUUCUGGGAUCAGAGAACUAAUAUCGCCAAAAUGGUAGAUGCGAAGAUUGGAGUUCAACUGCUGCUUGAGGAGCUACACGAGUAUGGAAAAGUUGAACUGGCUCUCAAAACAGUUUUAUACGAUGAAAGCUACGCACAUAACAUGAGAAGAUAUUCGGCCAUUUCCCGUGACUUCUCAUCUCAAGCACUAAACAAGGCGGUGUUUUGGGUGGAACAUGUGGCCAAACACGGUGGCGCACAACAUCUCAGACCAGCAACCGCUGACACAAAUCUGUUCCAGUUUUUCUGCUUAGAUAUUAUAUCUGUGAUAUUAGUUUUUAGUUUUGCACUGUUAUUUGCCAUUUAUUCGAUUUUUAUGUUCGGCGCAUCCAUGAUAUUCGGGAGGUUAAAAUUAAAAGAGAAAAAAGUGUGACUAAACGGGUGGCAAAUCCAGUUUUACAUAUCAUAAUCGACACGAAGCUCUCCGCGAUUUGCGGGUUUCGAAAGUCUGAAGUAUGUGCAAAGAGAGCUCUCAAUUUGCGCCAAUAAUUAAAAAACGAUUAUUUUAUCAGUGAGAAUUUCCAUUUUAAAAGAGUAAGUAAUUACAAUACUCAAUGGCAUCUUUGAAUG